UCGUCGAGUCGACCAAGAGUUUCGUUGGAUUUAGUGAAUAUUCUCCCAGUGAAUAUUCUCAAAAAAUAAGAAGCCUUUGAGCCAACGAAUCUCGCGAGUUUGUACAGCGAUGAAAAAGUGCCAUGGGCCAGCAAGGAAAAGUCUCGUUGGCUCGAUAACUCGAAGAAACAAGAGUCGAGAGUCUCGAGUCGAGUAAACGAGGGCUCGAGCAAUCCGCAUUAACCCACAUGAAAGAUCCCGUCGGAAGCACGAGUCGCACGCUGCCUACGCGCGAGUUAUCACGACGAAUAAGCCUCGAGACAUCAAGGUUCGAGUGUUUUUAUCAAGUUCCAAUAAACAGCCAGUGUGGAUAUCGAGCGAGGUCGUAAUUCGCGUAAAAGGGAUGAACGCGUGGCCGAUCGCACGUGAGAAUCGUAGCGCGCGGGGCAGGGCGGAUUGGUGGCUCGGGUCGAUAGUGCGGUGGUACACGGCGUGUGUGCAAGGCUGCCAUCGCGAGAUUCUGUUGCCCCAUAACCCUCGUCUUGCCGCCGCUUCGAAGGCGCGUUUCGAAGUAUCGAAAAAACAGUCUAAGUUUUGAGUUUCCGUUGAUUUCGUAGGCUCAAAAGCGAGUGAGAAUUUGAGCGAGUUUCGUCACGAGUCUGCCAAAAUGAGGAAGAAUCAACGCCCCUCGGAUUGGACGUUCCUCGGCUUCGCGCACGGGACUCGAGAAAAAUGAUAGUGAAGAAUGAAAAAAUACAAAGUAUCUCAUUGAGUUAAUUCCUCUGAUUCAAACACGCACUCUCGCAUCGUCGUUCUCCCACUUUAGGGCCACGGUGUGCAUGCGAUACUUGAGCUCGAUUCUACGACGACGCGGUCUUGCGCGUUGUACAGACUGGGUUAUCCGGGGGCAGGGGCCUCCCGCCGCCCGCGCCAAUUCCCUGCUCUUCUCCACGGACGAAGAACGGGAAAAGUGUUAGACUUCUGUCAGUGGCCUCUGAGACGCUCGGGAGUGUAGGUAUACGUAUCGGGACUGAGAGAGCUGUGCGGAGAGGUACGAAAAAUUUCCUUGCGAUUGUCUGCCUCGCUCGACAGAUGCAGAGUCCCGGGUGGCUCCUCCGUUUCCAGUUUCGUCUUUUUCGGGUUUCUCUCCGAGUGUUGAAAGUCCUUGGUCCUUGAAUCAGCGGGGAGCCAAUUCUGGACUAGUUCCAUUGGCGCCAUUAUUCGUCGAUUUCAAAUCCUCGUUUUCGCGUUGCUAAAGUUCGCGGAUAUUCGGAGCCCUGUUUUCUCGAGGUGACAGCGAGCUGGCUUUUUCCUCGGCGAUGUCAGUGGCCAGUGUCGCGUCAUGCUCGGGAUUUCAACGGUUACUGCGAACGCGCGAUGAAUGAAAAUAAGAGCGAAGAGGAGCGUUGUACCUCUCGGUAAAUACUGUGAAGUGUCGGGGUCGUUUGCGACGAAGGAAUCGCCGCUUAAGUCCCACGGAAGAUGCGAGUCCGACGAUCAGCGGGCUCCACUUUUGUGCGUUUCUUCUCAUCGGACACAACGACCGAUAAUCAAUAGACCAGCGGCAGACAAAGACUAUUUAAAAUAUUGAGCGUCGGUGGUCUUGUUCUCUGUCGCAGUCGCGACGAGUGUCCGUGACGAAACGAAAUAGUCGUUCGGUUAAAUCACGGGAAGAUAAAACACGUGUCGUUAUCGAAGCGCUUCCGGUUGAUCAUUCCGGAUAUCAUCAGGGGCAGUGAAACUACGCGAAUGGCAACGAUUAGUGGCGGUCGCGAGUGCGACGAGGUUUUACAAGCUUGCAAUUCCGGUGGAUCGUUGAUAUAGAAAGCAAAGUGGCCACGCGUAUGUGGCUCGAGCACGAAAAGCACGAGGCGACAGGGCAGCAGUGAUUGAACUUGGGUCGGAGGAGGCGGAGGUCGAAGCUAAUUCCGGCAGAGCAUUUCGGGCGCAAAUCCGCACUUUUUUCGCCCCGAUAAUGAGCCCUGCAGCUCUGCUCCUCGAGACUCCUGCCAAAACGGAGGCUGUUUAAAACAAAGUCGGAAAAUAGUCCGAAAACGACGGAGGGGAAUAAAAAUGCGAGAGUCAGGAUUGUUUCAUGACUAACCGGCCGACAGGAACGACGGAGAAUCAGCUGAAAUCAUGUUACUCGGACGAGCACGCCUGGCUCGGUUCAAAAAACGUUUGAAGGAUUUGUGCUUUGGUGCGACUAUAGUCGUCGCUGCAGUCCCUCCAGAGAAGCUGCCCCUCGGACAGCUCCAGUUGGACGAAAGAUGAGCAAGAGCGUCGAACUCCUCGCCGGAUCGGAGGACGGCGAGGCGGUACCUGAUAAAUCCCGUUCGGAAUCUCGAUCGGGAUUGAAUCUGAACGGCAGUAGGCCACUGUCGAGGAGCGCGACGGAGCUGAGGGUAAACAAGCGGGAGGAUUCGCCGUCGCUUCGCGGACGCGCGUCUCAGGCCUCCGGGGAUAAUAACAACCGCGAUUCCUCCCGUCAUCACCACCUUCGUUACUCCUCGGUGGCCCAACGCACACAAACUUUUUUCGCUACCCUCAAAAGCCGCUGGGUCAGGGGGAGAAGCAAGGAGAGAAAAAAAACUAAGGAUGGAAACGUGAUCAAGGAUGGAAACGACUCGCCGAACAGGAACGUGGGCGUCGAGUCCGAUUAUGCGGCCGAUUACUCGUCGGAGCACAGUCGAAGCUCGUCGGCCACGCAGAGUCCGGCCCGCCACUGUCUCAACCACCCAGAGUCUCCGCUAGCGAGAGGUAACAGGGACAAAGGAAAAAACGUUCGAGAGGACAGUCCUGGACGCUGCAGCGAUGGUUCGUCGAAGGGUUCGCUCAGUUGUCAACGGUAUACGAGAGACGGAAUGAUGCACUUUGAGAACGAAGAAGAUAAGGCGACGAGCGGGGGAGAGUCCGGUGCGAGUUGUCAGGACGAAGCAGCCCGGCGGCGAGAAUUGGCGCUACGUCAGCACGCCUUCUUUCAAUUACGACUGCAUAUCAGAAGAGGAGCUAAUCUUGUCGCGAUGGAUCGAUGUGGGGCGAGCGACCCGUACGUCAAGAUCAAGUGCGCCGGACGCCUUCUCCACAAAUCUCGCACGGUUCACCGAGAAUUGAACCCCAUCUGGGACGAAAGCGUCACGCUGCCGAUCGAAGACCCCUUUCAGGCGCUCAACAUCAAGGUCUUCGAUUACGACUGGGGCCUUCAGGACGAUUUCAUGGGAGCAGCCCAGCUGGAACUCGUUCAGCUGGACCUUGGCCACCCACAGGAUAUUGUCCUAGAGCUCAAGGACCCUGCGAGACCCCGACAACAUCUCGGCGAGUUGUAUCUCACCGCGACACUGUGGCCACGAAACCAGCAGGAGAAAGAACAGUAUUUUCAGCGAACGAGCCGUCUCGCCGAUGUCAACAGGAAGCUCAAGUCACAGAUAUGGAGUUCGGUCGUUACGAUCGUACUCGUCGAGGCGAAGAAUCUCUUGCCAAUGGACAUCGAUGGUCUUUCAGAUCCCUACGUUAAAUUCAGACUGGGCACAGAAAAGUACAAAUCGAAAGUUAUCAACAAGACUCUAAGUCCAGUCUGGCUGGAGCAAUUCGACUUGCACCUCUACGAGGAUCCGUACCUGGGUCAGGAACUGGAAGUAACCGUCUGGGACCGGGACAAGAGUCAUCAGGAUGAUCUUAUGGGACGAACGACGAUAGAUCUGGCGAGUAUGGAGCGCGAAACGACCCAUCGACUGUGGCGCGAUCUCGAGGAUGGUGCUGGCAGCAUAUUUCUGCUUUUAACGAUCAGUGGAACAACAGCCAGUGAGACCAUAAGUGAUUUGGCCGCUCACGAGGAAACCCCGCAGGAACGGGAACGUCUUCUCCAGAAAUAUUCCCUCGUCAACACCUUCCAGAGGCCGAGGGACGUGGGUCAUCUUACCGUUAAGGUAUAUCGAGCACAGGGUCUUGCAGCAGCAGAUUUAGGAGGGAAAAGCGACCCGUUCUGUGUUCUGGAGCUCGUAAACGCAAGAUUGCAAACACAGACCGAGUACAAAACACUCGCUCCAAAUUGGCAAAAGAUAUUCACGUUCAAUGUAAAGGACAUUAAUUCAGUGCUGGAGGUGACCGUGUACGACGAGGAUCGUGAUCAUAAAGUCGAAUUUUUAGGACGAGUUGCAAUACCACUGUUGCGCAUUAGAAACGCUGAAAAACGGUGGUACGCCCUGAAAGAUAAAAAAUUGCGAGGUCGUGCAAAAGGAAAUUCGCCGCAAAUAAUGUUGGAGCUCAGCGUGGUCUGGAAUGUGUUCAGAGCUUGCGCUAGAACUUUGAAUCCCAAAGAGACCAAGUACAUGGAACCGGAAGUAAAGUUCAAGCGCCAAGUCUUUCUGAGGAACGUUCUCAGGCUUAAGGCUGUUAUAGUUUUCUUCAUUGACAUGGGUAAAUACAUUCAAAGCUGUUGGGAAUGGGAGAGCAAGACACGCAGCAUCGUUGCUCUUGUCCUCUUCGUUCUUGGAUGCUAUUACUUCGAGCCUUGGAUGAUUCCCACCGCGGCGUUUCUCAUUCUACUUAAGUACUGCAUGGUGGCCUUACUAACGGGAGGAUCAUCAUCCACGUACCAUCAUCGAAGUCCCUCGGUCGGUGCGCUCCACGACACGGGGGAUCCAGCUUCCGACGAUGGCCCACUGACUCCUGGAGAUGACGACGAUGACGAAGACGACAAAGACAAAGAAGAGAAGAAAAGCCUGAAGGAACGUCUCCAGGCGAUACAAGAAGUGACCCAGACCGUUCAAAAUUCCAUAGGCUUCAUAGCGAGUCUCUGUGAGAGAAUAAAAAAUUUAUUCAACUUUACCGUACCUUACUUGAGCUACCUGGCUAUCGUUCUCACCAUUCUCGGUGCCAUUGUUCUUUAUCUCAUCCCAAUGAGGUAUCUCAUACUCGCUUGGGGUGUUAACAAAUUUUUAAGGAAACUCCUCAGGCCUCACUCCGUUCCGAACAACGAGGUUCUCGAUCUCAUAUCGAGGGUGCCAGAUGACGAGGAUCUUUUGAGUUACAGAGAGCUAAAACCCGUACCGACAGCGGACUGCGAACGCGGAGGUACUUCAUCAGCGAGUACAUCAAGCGGAGUAGUGAAUACGCGGAGGGAUCAGAGAAAGAAGCACAAAGCAGCGUAACGGCUUUUGCCGCGGCCAGCCGAAACAAAGGCCGGUCCGCCAGAAUCGCCCGUCGCCUCCGCUAACAUUCUUAAGACGGUGCUACUAAGAGGGAAACGGAUAUCUUCGUUUGUUAAGCGAAAAGCAUCCAUGGAGGUCCAAUCCGAGGGCGCCAAAGACUGAUUAAGAAAAAUAAAAUAAUUUUUAAAAAAUUCAACAAAAUAAUUUUUAAGAAAUGGAAAACUAUUGCUCGAGUUCGGUGGAUUGACUUUCGUGUUGAAAUCGGUAUGUGAAUUCUACGAGUUAUUCAAAUAUGAUCGAAAGGAAAUCAAGGAUUUUCAGACUUGAAGAGUAUAAAAAACAAAAAACAGUUUGAAAAAUAUAAAACUACGAUUAUUUAUAAUUUCGAGUUUGAAAACAAUAUUCCGAAGUUUGUUCCAAUUAAGGCACGUUAAACAAACUUUGUACCACAGUUUCAAGUACUUUCAAGAAUCUAUUAUACUUCGUGGUUCCAAAGCGUGCGUUAGUGACACGUAGUCGUAAAAAUUUCGUUCAUGCCGAAAUUCCGGUAACGUCAAGUGUUCAAUGAAACAUACGAAAAUCAGACCGCGUCGAAGAAAUAAUGGAAGAAGCGAAAGGGUUGAUGUACGAUAUUGCGAUGCACACGGAUACAAAUUUCUAGUCUGUAGUCAGGGUACGACAGCUGAAAUGAAAAUGAACUGUGAUGGAUCAACUAAAUAUUGGAAAAAAAAGAGUGAGCAUUAAGAGCAAAAUGUGAAAGUUUCAGAACCGGGAGAAAACGCAAAAAAGAGUCAUUUCUAUCCUUGUUUUCUUACUUUUCGAGUGAAAUGGAAAAAAAUGUGCUCGAAGAAAGAGCUGUAAGUUUUUAUAGAUAAAUGGAUUGAAGACUCACAGUUAUGGAUUAUUAUGUUAUAAUUAUUAAGGGGAUGCAAGGAUUCGACUUUUCUACUAUCUUGAAGUUACAUGUGAAUAUUUUACUACUAAAAAGUGAUGAUCCCAAAACGUGGGUAUUGCGCAUUUUUUUUCGAAGACCCAAAUUUUGAGAUGAUUAUUUUUCCAUGAAGUGCAAAUACCUGCAACUUCAAAAAAAUGAAACAAGUCGUUUUUGGAGCUCCUUAAUUAAUUAUUAUAUAUGAAUAUAUUAUAGUAUAAAAUGUUAUUAAUAUAUUGAAAUUGCAAUGGAUUUCGACUCCACAAAAGCCACCAGUGAGAAUGAAAAAAAUCUAGAAAUUGCGUCCAUCGUUAUCGUAGGCCUCGUGUGUCUCGUUUCAUUCAUGAAAAAAAAACAAACAAUAAAUAAAUAAAUUACGAUUAUUGGUAAAAGGGGUGAGAAAAGUCGAAUGUUAGCUAUUUACUAAUUGAGCGCGAAAUUGCGCGUAUAGAAAUUUCAAUUGAAAAAAAAAUCGUACACAUGAAAAAGACAAAUGUUGAAAAAUUAUUGAAAAUUAUUGAAAAUGAUAUAUUUACACGCGCAUAUGCCGUUGAAAAGCGAUAAAAACUAUUAUUGAUAUGGUAAAAUUUCUUAUUGUUAUCAUCAUUAUUGCUAUUAUUAUUGUUAUUAUGCAUCAAAGUUUUAUAUUCAUCGAUAUUCGUCAUUGCUUCUUCAAGAAUUUUAUCGACUUGUGAAAAAGACUUUUUUCCUUCGUCAGAUCGAUCCAAGUUUUACGAAUUUUUCUACCGAAGAAAAACUUGUCUUCGCAUUCUUCCUUGUAUACGCUUUCAAUAAUAGCUUCCUUAUCUUCAACGAACGUUUUAUUCAUUAAAUUAUUGUGCUAUAGUGAUUAUAUGUCUAUCGAAGAAAAAAAUCGUUUUCCGAAAAAAUCUUGGGAUAUGUUGAUCUCCAAUGUGCUCGAACCCCACGUAAGAUUUAUAAAUUUGUACCAGUCAUGGGCACCAUUCGAUGUAGCACAGUGCUCGUAUGCAACAUCGUUUUACUAGCGAAUUACUGAUGUCUCGUUCGUCUCGUAUCGGUUUUCAAACCUUUUUCUCGAACUGGAAAGUAGUUGAAAAUUGAAAAAAUUAAAUUUUCCUAGCGACUCGGGUAAAAUCCCAAAACCAAUUUAGUACUAGAAUCGUCGUCUCCCAGCAUUUUCGUUGAAAGCUCAUUAUUCCGGUGUUUUUCUUUCUUUUUACGUCGUCUGUUUUCCUGUCGAUUCUUACUUGAAAAAUAACGACCUGAGACACCGACGUUCGUUAGAAAACGUUGACAUUUUGAAAUUAGAUGAAUUUCCUUAGAAUUAGAAUAAUUAACAUCGAAAUAAUUGAAGUUAGAAUAGUUUUACGAAUGAUGCCCAUUUCUGACCAAUGCCGUGCAACUUCUCAUGAUAAAACCUCCCACAUUUGAAGAUGCACGAUGUGACACGAUAUUGGAACGAGUACGAAAUAGACGGUGGCAACGAAUAAUUCAUACUUCGAAGCUAACGCCAGAGAAACAUUCCGUUCUUCGUAUCUCUAAUUUCGAAUGAAUCCAUCAUGAACUUUGUCAUUCUGGGACAUCUCGAUUCGCGGAUAUAAUUCGAGACGACUCUAUUUUAAAACGUCUCCAUUUCAAGCCAUCUCUGCUCUGGAAAAUCUCUAUGCUCGAUAGUCAUAUCAAAUAUUACGAUUGUAGCGAUUAAGGUUUGAGUAGAGCCAUACAAGAGUGUAGGUAUUUCCAGAAACAGGGAUAAUUUUGCAUUGAGAUACUUCAGAAUAGAUUUGAUCACCGAAACAGUUUGAUUAUCGCACAUUUAUCCAGAGGGAGACUUUUAAGCGUGGAGAUACGAAGAAUGAGUGUUUUUGUCUACCAAACAUUCAAGAUUUUUAUUUAAAUAUCGUCCUUACGCACCUUUGCCAUUAUUCCUUUUUGGCAGACUUUAUAUUGAGCUUUUACGAAAUUUUUUUGUCUUCUCGACGCGAUCGACUCGUGUUUCUUUUAUUUGAAGUGAGCAUGAUCGCUCAGUCAUCGGUGAGCUGUUUCAAAAUUGAAUACACGACAGUUUAUUUGAGAAAAUAGGAAACGAAAACCAAGAAAUGGGUGCAGUACAGUACCGAGCUUUUAUUUUCCUGGUCUUAGUUGGUUGGGUAAUGGGAACUUGAACUGUAACAACGAAUAAGCAGUCGAAUUGAAGGCUUCUACUAGAGGUCUUGUUAUAAACGAUGAUACUUCUUCCAAAAUAAACUGCGCUUCGAAAUUCUUAUAUUGACGCGAAUCAAUCGCUUCACAAACUUAGGUUAGAACGCGCGAGUUUACAAUUAAGCGAGUAUAAGUCUGAUUUUGAACGAAUUAGUGACCAACCCAUUUUCGCCUUCAUUAAACCGUUUCUUUCGAUCAAAACCAUGAACAAUUCUAACAAUUAUAUUUCCGCAAACACCAUUUUAGACUGUUGCCCCGGUCACGUUUUUUCGUCAAUUUUUUGAUAGUAUGACCGUAUGAUUCAGUUUAGAUUUUUUACCAGUUCCAAUUUCUAAGUGGAUCAUUACCCAUGAGCGAUGGGAUUUGUAAAUCCGUAAACAUGGCAGCCGGAGCGUCCUCUUGGAUGGCUUUGUUGAUGAAAAAUGUUUUAAAUCAAGGGCCAAAACGUAUGUAGAAUGUCGAGAGUUAUACAGACUUAUAAAUUCGUCUCAAAUUACCUGAUUCUAAGGGAAGAAUUGUUUUUUGUAAAAUAUUAAAAUUCACUUUUGACGUGAAUGAAACAGCAAUCCGUUAAUUAUUCGUUGCGAAGGUGUAAUUAUCAGUAGCGCCUGUGACGUUGGAGUAAGAUUAUGUUUUUUGAGAAAGUAGCUUCGGUGUGGCAAAUCAUUUGUUUAUAAUUUUCACAAAUAAAUAUUGAUGAUAAGAGAAAGCUGUCAUUAAAUAGUUUUACGAAUGUAUACGAAUAUUUUGCCUGUAAUUUUGUAUUGAAAAGAAACGAUGGGUUGAAAAUGGGUUGUCCAGAGAGUACGUGAGCCAUAAAUGGGGAUCGUAUUAUUCGGAACAAUAUCGAGACGAAAUGAAUGUGAGACAGCGACAAGCCGAUUAAUUCCUCGGAACACUCAACAUUUACACAAGACACAUUCAUUGAAAAAAAUUCAUUAAAUUGUGCGUGACCGUAGAGCGACGAGAAAGUGUCAAGAUCUUCGUACAUUUAUACAAAUUUUUUGCUACAUCAAUUUUUCUCCAAUUUGAAAGGGAAUGUUUCGGGUUGAAUUCCUUUUCCCCUAUUCUCGAGAUUGUUUUAUCUCCAAUCGUUGCAAAAACAUGUUUCCUCUCAUUUUUUUGGUGUUCUUUAAAAGAGUGACAACAAUGGAAAAUUGAUUGUUCCUUCACCGAAUAGUUUGUUCUGAUUCGAGUUCUCUUUUCAUUCAUCAAUCUUCUACUAAAAAAUAUUCGAAUUUGAAAAUAAAUUAUAAACUGAGAA